AUGACGUUCGGAGGAAUCUUUGGCUUGCCCGGCUACAUCCUGUUCGGGGACAAGGAGCAGGAGCGAAAGCUGCGGAAGCGAAAGAAAAAGCUGCAGCGAGAGCGUAAGCUGAGGCUCCGACAGGAGCGAAAACUGCGGCAGCGAGAGCAGGAGCUGCAGUGGUUGCUGCUACGGCAACAACCCAGCAAGCUGCGGGGCACGCAGGGGUUCUCUAGUGAGUCACUGGCAGUCGCUCGUUCGAGCAACUCAGUUGCAGUCCCUCGUGGGUACGAGCGACAGGGGGCGCAUGGGUUCUCUAGUGACUCACUGGCGCUCGCUCACUCGAGCAACUCACUGGCAGUCCCUCGUGGUCAUGGGUACGGGCAACUUGGGGGGCAGGGGCAGGGGUUCUCUAGUGACUCACUGGCAGUCGCUCGCUUUGGCAACUCAUCGGCAGUCCCUCGUGGGUACGGGCCACAGGAUGCACGUAAGUUCUCCUUACUGGCAGGCGCUCAUGGGUAUGAGGAGGAGGACUUCAGCGCCUCCGACGAUGAGGACGACGACGAGGACGACGAUGAUGAAGAUGACUAUGAUGCCUUCGAAGAAGACGACGAGGACGAAGAUGAUGAGGAUGACGAGGAGGUGGAGGAAGAGGAGCACCGCCGGUUGAUGCUGCUGACGCUCCAGCAGCAAAGGGGGCAAGGAGUCCCACGCGUACACCCAGGGGGGAGACUUGAGUGGCUCUGA